AUGGUCCCCGGCCGGCUGCUGCCGCUGCUGCUGCCGCUGCUGCUGGCCGUGGCUCGGCCCCCAGGCGCGGAGGGCGCCAAGGACUGCGUCUUCUGUGAGCUCACCGACGCCUCCUACUGCCCCGGCACCCACAUGCGCUGCGGCGAGGACGAGGACUGCUUCGUGGGCCACGGCGUGGCCCAGGGCGCCAGCCCCAUCAUCAACAAGGGCUGCGUGCACUCCACCAGCUGCGGCCGCGAGGAGCCCGUCAGCUACAUGGGCGUCACCUACACCCUCACCAGCACCUGCUGCUACGGCCACAUGUGCAACCACGCCCCCGGCCCCACGACAGCGGGGGCCGCCGCCAGCCUGGCGCUCGGCUGGUCGCUGCUCCGGCAUUUGCUAUGA